AUGUUCAACAAAGUCCUCUUCGCGGCCGCCCUCAUCGGGUUUACCCUUGCCAGUCCACUCCCCUUAGACGACAAGACCCCCCUCGCUCGUCGUGCAUCCGUCCCUGCUGACGAUGCGUGCAUGGUGAAGGAUGCGUUUGGUUUUAAUAAUGUGGAGGUCUAUGCAACCAAAGAGUCCAUGCCGAUCGACCAAGUUUGCGGGCAGGGAUACCUCGACAACUUUCGUGGACGUUGCGGUGUUAUCUCCGACUGGGGAUGUAUGUUCGUGGACGAGAAUGUGAACAAAGUUGAGGAAAAGGAGAAGAAUGAGGACCGAAUCAUGGGCGCCAAGAUGACCUUCAAAACUCAAGUCUUUUGCUCUGCUAGCGACAUCAUGGCAGCUAUGGGUGCCGCCUCGGCCGCUGACGGGAAGAAGCCAAGCAGUUGUAUUGAAUCGGAGAAGUGGAUGCUCCCAUAA